AUGACACAUUCACCAUCAUUAACAACAAAUAAAAGAUGUACAACUGGAGAACAUCUUCUUGAUGAACUUAAACAAGCGGCUAAUUCAAUUCCUCAAUCAUCAACAACAACAAGUGGAAUAGGUUUAGCAAGUCAAUAUUUUGUUGGAUGUUAUCCAUUAUUAUGUCGAUUAUUACGUGAUUCAUUAUCACGUCAACAAAAAUGCAAUAUAAGCCGUAGUUAUCCUAUACAUCAAAAUCUUUGCCCAAGUUACGUAAUCUAG